AUGACCUUGAGAGAACCUCAUAUUAAAUCAUUUGUGCCACCGCAAAUAAUUGGUUGGGAAGAAUACACUCUUAUUAAGACUGUUAUUAGAGAGAUUCCAUUAAGUAAUCAAGCCUAUGUUCUUCAAAUUAGUGGAAUGACUCCUUACGGAACCUUAAUGACUGUCGGAAAACCAAAAGCAGGAGAAACAAUUUACAUUUCGUGGUUAGGAUCUCCAGCUCUUACCGGGAAGGCUGGGGUUCGAUUCCCCGAUGCGGAAGUUUGUUUUAAUGUUUUUUCCUAUAAUCUCGUAACUUACGCAACAUGUAGUCUAUGUCACGAUGUAUUUAGAAAGAUUUUCAGUAUUUUCUAUAGCGAAUAUUUUCCUAUUCGUAAUUUUAACGUCAAAUUUGAAGAAUUAACUGUUGCAGGAUUUAAGGAAGCUCUCUCUGAAAAAAGUAGAAUAACUGAAAUGAAUGUCUGGAAACUACUGGACAAAAAUGAUAUGCAGAUUCAAGAUGCCCCUACGCUUGAAAGUUUGAUUGUCGACCAUGGAGAGAGAAUCCCUUUUGACAGAUUCCCAGAACUUUAUCCUAUUCCUAAUAUUGCCAGACAUUUUUACAAAAGAGAUAAUGUAGAUAUGCGUUUAAAUGUAAAGAUUACCGAUACAGUUAGAGAGCUUAUUAACAAUUUAAAAAUGAAACCAAAGUUUGCUAUUUGCUUUUGUAUGUGGAUUGUAGACUAUCGUCAGAUAUUAGUAAUUGGAAUUAUGAGCCAACAAUUGAUCGUAAUUUUGCACAGCUUGUUGCAAUCAAUAGGUUCAGCCUUUAGACAUUAUAACGAUUCUAUUAAUAACACUGCUAGAGAAGAAGCAAAGCGACUUAUCAUUUUAGAAUUUACUGCAAGAUCCUCUAUCUCAAUUUUCUCAAAAAGAAAUUCCCAGAUAUUACACCUCGUAACUAUCUCCUAUCCCAGCUCAAUGGUUAAAUUAUCUGGUCAAAAAACACUUAUUUUUGCCAUUGAUGAAUCCAAUGUUGCCAGCAACAAACUUUUCAGUGAUUAUUUUCACAAUAUAAAUAAACAUCCAUGUGGUUUAUUAAUGCCAAUGAUUGAGAUUCUUAGAUUAUUUGAAAUUUCAACAGUAAUCACUGUCACUGCAUUUACCCUUAAACAAGGCAAAAUUGAUAAGUCUAAUGGUUCACCUUGUAAUGAAAAUAAUAAAUGCAGAAAAAGUGUCACAAGAAAACAAACAAUUGUGCUUAAAUAUGCUGUAAAUAAGACAGUGCAGUCUAUCAAGAAUGAUAUAAUAUGCCAUCUUGAAGUGAUAGUAAAUGAAGCAUAUGAAAAGGAAGAUUUGGAGAAUACAAGGUUAAAAAAAUUUUGGCAAGUCAAGGAACCUUUGGCGAUAGAACCUGUUAAAAUUGUCCUUCAUUUCCAGUACAAAUCACCUACUGAACCGCUGAUUAAAAAACACUUACAACAAACUGUUGAUUAUGAUGACAAUUCAAAUACCUCUAAAGGCAUUAUGUGGCACCAAUUACAUCUGCUAGAAUGGACUAAAGAAGCAAUUAUCAAUAUUAAUAAUAUGGAAAUUUACAAAUGCUUUUUUUUCAGUUUGAUGAAAGAUAAUGUGGAUAUUAUCAAGAAGAUUCUAUCCACACCAACACCUUUAGAAAUUGUUGCAAAAAUGUAUUUCAAUAAAUUGUCAGGUAAAGAUGUUGAAGAUGACAAAAAAUCAACAAAUUGGAGUCAUAUGUAUCGCGAGAAGGAUGCUCAAGAACGCACUCCAAAUCAGUCAAAACAAUCAAAUAGAGGUGGUAGUAAUACUGAAGAUAAUGAUGUCAUUAUGUAUAUUAAUGAAAAAUUGUAUUUUCCAACAGAAAAUAUUUUCCAUAUCAAUUUAUUGGAGAUUGCUAUUGUUACUAAUUCCGCGGCAAAAAUUGCAGGUCAAGUCAUACAGGGUCAAGAAGAUAAUUUUUGCAAUUCCGCGUCGCGUGAGAUAAUUUAUGCUUCACUAAACAAGGCAAUUGUUAUCGAUAAAUCAUCUGGAAAGCGCCAGUAUUUUAAUACUAUGUACCA